CGGAGCGGAGCGAGCUGCGGAGAUUAGUCAGAGUUUCAGCGCUGCGCUACCGGGGCGCAGGAAGACCAGAGGCCGCCGUCACCUGUCCGGAGUCCGGAGAGAGGCAGACACGGUAACGGAGGACCGUUUCACAACCACAGCUUGUAGAUAAGAGCGAGGCGACGCGGGGAGGGCGCCAGAGAUAUAGGAGCCCGAGUGGCCGCCGCAUCGCUCCUCAGCCGCCCCCGUCGAAGAAAUCCGGUCCUGAGUGAGAAAAGACGGUUCAGAGAGGCCGGUGUUCAGCGAGAACGAGAGGAAGACGAGCAGAGGAGAGGCUCAGCUGGAGAGGAUUCACUCCAAACUGAGGAAUUAUUACGACGUUCAGACUGAACCCUGCUCGGUGGAUUUUCCUCUUACCUUUUUUUCUCUUUUUUUUUACCCUUCUGUGUUUUUGAAAAAAGGAGUCAUUCAUUGAAACAGACAUUAAUUUUUUUUGUUUGAUGGUGAGAAUCUUGAAUAUUUGACUCCGACAUCUGCCUGGGAGAUGAAAGACUAGCGUUUUCUUCUUUGUGAACCUUUUGGCAGACAGAUUCGAGAGAAACUCGAGGAGCUGAGGGGAAUUUUCACUUUGAACUUGGGCGGUCUCUUUUGUUUUCUGUUUUUGCCUUUCUGUUAUCUCACUCUGUCUUUUCCUGAUAACGUUUCGCUUGUCAUAAAAGGAAGAAAAGGACGUGACAGACUGAAGUUUCUCUGCCAGGAGCCUGAAUAGUAUUUGAAUUCCAUUUUGGUUUUCACAAGGGGACAAAUCCUCCUUUGUGUGUGUGACUGAGUGUGUGUUUGUGUAGAUCACUGUCCUUCUGCGAUACAUUAACGUUUAUCAGGGGACAAGAACCAGCCCUGUGUCUCUCUUCUGGGAAAAUGGGAUCAGAAAAGGACUCAGAGUCGCCUCACUCCUCGGUGAGCGGCGUCCCCAACCCUAAGUGCCGUGCGGCAGGCAAACGCCAGGGCCGCAUCUCCUUCCACAGCCUUUUCCACAGCAAACGGGGCUCUCGGGGCACCAGGGGCCCUAAAGGAGCAGCGGCCACCCCUUUAUCCCAUCAUCACCAACAUCACCACACACAACAACAGCUCCUGCCUUCUGCCUUGAGCUCAGCGUCUGCCUCAGCGUCUGCCGCAGCCUCUGCUACGCCCACUACCACAACCACCACAGCCGUUACGACUCCCCAGGAUGCUGCCUCCAGCACCCCAUCAAAGCCACUCUCCUCCAGCCAGCCAUCCCUGGGUGGAGCCCCUUCCUCUGGGGAGGCCAACCUCCUGGAGUGCCCCCUGUGCCUGGUGUGCCAGCCUGCCGACCAGCUCCCCGAGCUGCUGGGAUGCAGCCACCGCUCCUGCCUCUGCUGCCUGCGCCAGUACCUCCGCAUCGAAAUCACAGAGAGCCGAGUCCAGCUCAGCUGCCCGGAGUGUGCUGAGAGACUGGCCCCGCGGCAGGUGGCGGACAUCUUGGAUGAUGCGGCCCUGCUUGAAAAGUAUGAGGAGUUCCUGCUGCGAAGGUGCCUCGCCUCUGAUCCGGACUGCCGAUGGUGCCCAGCGCCUGACUGCGGGUUUGCCGUCAUCGCCUCAGGCUGUGCCAGCUGUCCCAGGCUGGUUUGUGGCAGAGAAGGCUGCGGUGCUGAGUUCUGCUACCACUGCAAACAGGCCUGGCACCCCAACCAGACCUGCGACUCUGCCCGCCAACAGAGGGCACAGUCCCUGCACACCCACAGCAACCACUCCCCCAGCUACACGCAGGAGCAGGGGCCCGCUGAUGACAUCAAGCCCUGUCCUCGCUGUGGCGCCUACAUCAUCAAGAUGAAUGAUGGGAGCUGCAAUCACAUGACCUGCGCCGUCUGCGGCUGUGAGUUUUGCUGGCUCUGCAUGAAGGAGAUCUCCGACCUGCACUACCUCAGUCCAUCCGGCUGCACAUUCUGGGGGAAGAAACCUUGGAGCAGGAAGAAGAAGAUAUUGUGGCAGCUGGGAACUCUGAUCGGAGCUCCAGUCGGCAUCACCCUCAUCGCAGGCAUCGCCGUUCCCGCCAUGGUCAUCGGCAUCCCAGUUUAUGUCGGCCGCAAAAUCCACGCCCACUACGAGCUGAAGAAGUCGUCUCGUCACAGAAGGAACCUGGCCAUCACAGGAGGCGUGGCCCUGUCAAUCAUCACCGCCCCCGUCAUCGCAGCUGUCAGCGUGGGCAUUGGCGUGCCCAUCAUGUUGGCCUACGUGUACGGUGUGGUGCCCAUUUCUCUGUGUCGGGGAGGGGGCUGUGGUGUGAGCAGAGGGAAGGGACGAGGCGUCCGGAUUGACUUUGAUGAGGACGACGGACCCAUCACAGUGGCGGACGCGUGGCGAGCGCUCAAGUCUCCCAGCCUCGGUGAGAGCAGUCUGGACGGGGCAGUCAGCGGUCUGAGCACCACCUCCCCCAGUGAGGGUCUCUCUGUGGCCCCUGGGACUCUGGGUGACACGCCACACUUCAACACCUUGGCAGGAGGGGCCCUGGGAACCCGCACGGGCAAAUACAGCAGGCUGGAGGUUCAAGCAGGAGAGUUGGCUAAAGAGUCAGCCCAGAGGGAGACAGGCAGCCUGGGAGCAGGGAGCGACUGUGCCAGCACCCGAGGAAUGGCCGGAUCCAUCAUCUCCUCAUACACACUACCUGACAGGGAGUGCACCAACCUGGAGAUCCAGGUGGACAUUGAGACCAAACCCAGCCAUCUCUGCCUGACCAGCGAAGAGGACCUAACCCCACCUCCGGGCUCCGCUGCCAUGGCGACCGCCUCAGGAGGGGAGGAGCCUCAGGACUGCAGCUCCAGGAGGGGCGGGGCUUUGUCUGGCUCAGCACUGGGACUGUCACCGGGAGUGUCAAUCAGAGAGGGGCUCAGAGACGUCACCCUGGCUCAGCCGGAGAGCAUCCGCAGCGACCUGGAGAUGUCGGACACGCAGUCAGACGACAUCGCAGAGCUGACGUCGGACGACUGUGACUCGCCUCACCCGAAAGGCUGUCACCUGGCGGCUGGACAGCAGCCCCAGCCCCCCUCCUGCCGAGCCCUGAACCCCUCCACCGAAGGCCUUCACUGUCCCGCAGACAGCAACGUCAUCCUCUACGUCUGAGAGAACAGCCACUCUCAGGAUUGCACAAAAAACUAACUAGUCCCCUAACAUUUACUUCUGAACUCUCCCUUAUUUCAUAGCUUUUUUUUUGUUGUCAUUUCUCAUUUGCUGCUUUUGCGACUCACAGACACCGUCUUAUACACAGACAGCGUUUGUUUACUUUUGUCUGUCUGUCUUAUCUAUCUACCUGUCAAUCUCCUCACUGAGUAAAUUGUCAGGGUUCUACCUCUGAGAUUUAUAAGAUGAUGAUUUAUGUUUACUCCUUGGUGCAAAAUGCCUUGGCUACUUAAGCAAAAAAAAACAAAAACAGAAAAGAUGACAAAAAAACAACAAGUACAAAUUUUCCACAAGAAAUAUUGCAAAACCGAAAUUAUGAAACAAGGUGAAAUGUCACCAAGCACAGCAGAGGGAGAAGGAUUGUCUGGAUGUUAGCUGAUGACGAAGGGGAUGUUUAUAACAAUGUGAGAAUGAAUGUGGACUUUGUACUCAACUAUUGUGGCUUUAUUUUCCUCUUUUCCUCUAUUUAUAUUCAGAUGACCUUGAAAGUGUAUUAUUUGCCGUGUGCAUGAGUCUGCAUGAGCCAUGCCUUGUGUGAAAGAUUUAAAAGGGCAGCGCGUUUCUGUUGCACUGGUGAAAGUUAAAGUUUACUUAAAGAAAGAAGCUGCACUUGAAUCUCACUUUCUCUGCACAGAGGAGGAGGAGGAGGACUGGGGGAGCACGGGGGGUAAAAAUGAUGACAAAAAAUGAGUCCAGGCUUACUGAAUUACAGAGGUAAAAAACUGAGUUCUGACAAUGACGUGGCAGAAGACACUUCGGUUACAUGCACUAAGAUUAGCAAUUUUAUUCUCUUCUAUUCUAGUGUAGUGUGUGACAGUGUAGGACCUGUUUCAAACUCUGCACAGGUUUUAUAUAAUCAUAAGCUCAAAAAAUGCGGAAGCCAAAGGUCCUGCUAGUUUUUAGUGAAAUUUCGCUGAAUAGGAAACUGUUUAGGACUUUCUGUAACCUUCUGUUAUUUAAAAUAACACACUUAAACACACACACUUCAAACUGUGUCGUAGGAGCUACAUUGAUGCGGAACGCAAUGUAUGACAAUUAUAUAAAAGGUUGCACAAGACUGUUACAGUAAUAAAAGUAAAAUGUUCCCUGAAAAGGCGCCAAAUUUGCAUAUAACUUUUGGUUUAUACGUAUAUAAUAACAAACUUAGACAUAGAUGGUUAGUUUAAGUGAUACUUUGGGAAACACAGUUUUCUAUAUUUUACUGUGCUUUCCUUUUUACAUUCACAUGCAAUGUGGUAGCCAUCUCCCAGACAACUUGCCUUUUAUUUGUUUGUUUGUUUGAGUCAACACUAACUGGACAAACAUUUUUGAAAUGUUCAACUUGACAGUUCUUUCUUGACCGUUCUUGUGUUUUGACAAAAAAAACAAAAAACACUUGAACCACAUCUUACUGUCUUUUUCAGUGGACUAGAGUUGUCAUGGAGACAACC